UAAAAUCAGAUUUUUAGGGUCUCCAAUCUCUUCUUUCCUAUUUCGUUUCUAGAUUUUAUUCUCUGCCCCAUUUUUCUUUUCCGCCCAGACGUUUGGGAUUAUACAUUAUAGCGUUUCCUGUAGCCAUUUCAAACUCAAAAGGUCGUGCUAUGGCCGGUGCAGAGAGAAGAGACCUUAUGAUCUUUCUUCGAAGAGAUGUGGUUUUUAAAAAAUGGGGAAAACUAAUCCAUUUUCGACGCGUGGACAGGGGACUCGCGCGAGGAUAGGCGGAAUCUAAGGAUACCUAACAUGACUGUAAUCAGUGUGUUUAAUGCCUUUGUUUUUGUAGUCUAUUGGAUUACGAGAAUUUUGUGACGAUGGAUUAAUCUUAGCUGAAGAUAUAACAGCUGGGUUCUUUGCUCUGUCGUAGAUACUGCACUGCUGGCUCCUUAAGUUUAUAUGCGAAUCAUUAACAUUACUAUUUUUUUUUUUUUUCCGUUUUGCUAUCUCAUUUUACUGCUACCUAUCAAAUACUUGCAGGUUUGACUUUGUAGGGUUUCGGGAAAGGUUAUCAACCGGCAAUGUCAAUGCCGUAUGGAAGAGUACAUUGUUGCUGUCAUUGAAUUUGGAAUGGAUAGGGCAAGGUAUCAAUAGAAUUAGGAACUAAAUGGCGCGAAAAGCUCAUUCCUGAUAUAUCCAUAAGAUCAAACUUUUCUUGAACUCAAAAGGCUCUACCCAUAUCAUGAUCAGUAACAACUUUGUAUUGUUUCUGGCAAAAAAAAGGGGGGGGUGGGCGCAACAGCAACUUUGUUUUGUUCAUGCACUGUGCAUGUUAGAGGCUGGCACUGUGAGGUUUUCACUGGGGGAGGGGAUCCUUCAUUUUCCUUCAGUAGCUAAAAAUCGAUUCCCACUUCCAUGCCUGUUUAAGUUCUACUGUGAAUCGUUAAUGUGUUGAUUGGCAGCCUAGAUGAUAUGAUCUUUGAGAUAUGACAGCAGAGAGACUCGAACAUUGUUAAAUUAUAGGAUUAUUCUUUACGCUUAGGAUCUGGAGAACGACUGACUGAACUGUGCAUUGAACAGUGAUAUUUCAUUUUAAUCUCAUGACAGUAUAUUAUAUUGCUGGCAUAUUUUGUGGGUGUUCGAGCAAAAUGGGAGAGCUCGUUAGGCUGAGGAGACAAUGAGCGAACUCCACGGUCUAUGUCGGACUUUAAAGAAUGUCAGACUCAUCCCCACGAUGUGGCCUCCCAUAGUUUUUUAUUGUUUAGUAUUUGCUAACAGAAUUCUUUCUGUUUAUUAUAUUCAGGGGAGACUUUCACGUUCUGACAAUAUCAAAAACGCGCAUGCUUUUCCCCUCCUUAGCCCUAACUGUACGACUACUGCCAUCAAUUGAGAGACUUAUUAAUCAAACAGUUAGUCGCCUUCAAUGAUUAUUAUUAGACUUCAGUUGUCUUUUUGAUGACAGUUUUAAGAAGUCUAAGGUGUUUAAAUCCCAAAGGCCACUGGGGCAUUGUAUUAUUUUAGUUUAUCAUGAUUCAUGACCAUGAACUUUUGUAUCCCUCUGAGUUGUCAUAUGCCUGGUAUUGGCCCCACAGUGGACUCCUAUGUUCAGUUACAGAGAACUAGGACCUACCCGAGCACAAUGAUAAUGAAUUAAAAAAUAUUCACAAACGAAGUCAAUCCUUAUGCUAACACUCUUUCUUGGCAAUCGGUAUAAAUGUGUUCCUAGUUUUUGUUGAUGGCAAGCCUCCUUUAAAGUGGUAUUGGACCACAAAAGAACAGCAAUUAUUUUCCUCAGGCUUCUAACUGUACAGAAAACAAUGGAGCCACUUGGAGUCAUCCCUGAUGGGGAAAUGAGUUGCUUUCAAGGGAUGUUUGCCUCAGAAGAGCAUGAUUACUUCUCACAGUUUCUUGGCCAAGGCUCACUUCCGCUUGGGGAACAUGAUCGAAUGCUCAUGGGAACAGAAUCCAUGUUUUGCUCUGCUCCUGAAGCUGGGGAAAAUGGAUGCAUGUUUAAUUCUUUAGAUGCUCUCAACCCAGGUUUGCAGUUUAUUUCUCAAGAAAGUAGUUUUAGCGGUGACUGUAGCGGCGACGCUUUCUACGUUGCCAACCACGGUCAUUUGAACUAUGUCAGUGAUCCUGAUCAGGCUCUAGCAAAUGAUGCCCGCAUGUUCAUGAAUGUUUGCAUGAUGCAUGAGAAAAACACUGGCACGUUCAACCCGUCACCAGGAAACGUUUUGGUGGAAGAAACUGUUAGCUACAAUGAAGGUAGGAGAGGGAACAGAUUGGAGAAUUCUAAUCUAAGUCAAGCUGAGUUUACAGCUUUUGCUUCCGAGCAGAUGCACCUCAAAAGGAAGUUUGAUAUGCUAGAACUGGAGGGUUCAGCAGAUGACAAAACAAACACCAACUCAUCUGAGAAUCAAAAGAAGAAACCUCGUGUUUCAAGAGACGUGCAAAAGAGUAAGAAAAAUGCACAGCAAAAGAACCGAAAGGUUGCAGGAAAUGGCCACGCGGCAGAAGAUACUGAUGCAGGAUUACAUGGGCAGUGCUGCAGUAGUUACAGCGUAGAGGACGAUAAUGCUUCUCAGGAAAAUAGUGCAGGAGCUUCCUCAGAGUCUAAAUCACCAGUGACUCACAACACAAAUGGAAAGACCAGAUCCAAUAGGGGAUCAGCAACAGAUCCCCAGAGCCUUUAUGCCAGGAGAAGAAGGGAGAGAAUAAAUGAACGACUGAGAAUCCUACAGAAUCUUGUUCCAAACGGAACAAAGGUUGAUAUAAGCACGAUGCUUGAAGAGGCAGUCCAUUACGUGAAAUUUUUGCAACUCCAGAUAAAGCUUCUAAGUUCUGAUGACCUGUGGAUGUACGCUCCUAUUGCUUAUAAUGGGGUUGACAUUGGACUGAAUCUCAGCCGCGGGAUUUCUCCACCAACACGAUGAUGAAGGAAACCAGAGUGAUCCUGAAAUGUCACUUAAGUAAACGAGAAAGGAAAAUAAUGAUAUAUGUAUAUGUUCUAACUUGCUAUGUUCUAAUAUGAAUGCUGCUGCCCUCUUGUCCAUGAAGACAA